AUGCCCUCUCCCUUCUAUGCUUCUUCCACUGUAUCUGCAUACGAAGAGGGCUUAGUUUCAAAGCCGGCAAGCUCCGCGUCGCGCACAAUCUUGCGGAUUUCCAUCUCUUCCUCGUCGCUGAGAUGUACAUUGAGCGAUGCCCAGUUGGCCUCCAGAUACUUGAUCCUUUUCGUGCCGGGGAUUGGUAUCACAUCAUUGCCCUGCUUGAGAAGCCACGCAAGGGCCAUCUGCGACGAAGUGCAGCCCUUCUUGUCCGCCAGGGCCUUGAACUGGCUGACGACUUUGAGAUUCUUGUUUAGAUUCUCUGGCUGGAAGCGAGGCACCCACUGCGUCCGAAUAUCCCCUGUGCUGGCAAUCGACUCGCUGCCGGUCACUGUGCCCGUGAGAAGGCCUCGACCGAUGGGCCCGAAGCAGACGAUGGCGACCCCGAGCUCUCGGCAAGUCUGA